AUUGUUUUUAAAGGUAUUCAAGAGUAUCUACUUAAAACUCCAAAUAGCAAUACAGGAAAGGUGUUUUAUGUUUAUUUAACUAUACCAGUAUCAAUAUUGGACACAUUGUUCUAUUGGUGGAUAUUAUUUGCUCUUAUAAAGAACUUAGAAGUUUUGAAUGCUAAAAAACAAAUGGUUAAGGUUUACAUGUUUAGAAAAUUCAUUUGGGUAUUAUUACUUAGCGCUGUUGCAUCAUUCAUCAUUUUAACCUGCCAAAUAUUUGUAAACUCAACUAAAUCAUUCGAUUAUGGCAUUCAAACUGGCUGGAUCAUCGAUGUAGUUUGGGGUGCCUCUUAUUUCACUGUUUUAGUUGCAAUUUGUUGGAUCUGGAAACCAAAUUCAAACAAUCAGAAGUUUGCCUAUUCAGAAUUAAAUGAUCAAGAUGAAGAGGUAGUUAUGGAAUCAAUUGACUCUUAUGGAAAUAUAAGUAGAAAUCGUAAUUCAAAUGAUAUUGAAAGUAAUAUAACUCAACAUGACAAUGUAAUUGAAGAAAUCGAUGAUGAUGAAAUGCAAAAUGCUUUUUCAAUUCAAGAUAAUGAUGAUGACACUGAUGAAGUUAGAAGAAACAAAGAAAAAACUGAUAUUGCCGAUAUGUUUAGUAAACUUUAAAAAAAUAAUAUAAUUAUUAAAAAAAAAAAAAACAAUCUAAAUAAAAAAUUGUUUUUAAUAUUUC